ACUGUGGGAUCGUUUGUUCGUGAUAGGUGAAGACUCGCAACAAAUGUAACCAGUAUAGCCUACAGUGUCUGGAUAAAGGUGACUUAUCUGUCUGUGUAAAGAAAACUUACGUUUUGAGAAUUCAUAUAGACUACUUUGGAGCUUAUAUCCAACUAACGAGGGGAAAUCGACUCUUCUCUUUUGUAAACAGUUUUCAGUCUUUUCUAUAUGAGAUCUGUCGUUUUGUAGCUUUUUAUAUAAAGGCAUAAUGGUGACAACAACUUUGAAUAUAGGAUAUUGAUAUUUUAAAUGAAACCGUCAUGAUUCAAGAAGUGUUAGGGUUUUUAAUCGGGGAGAGACUUGAAGGAUCUAGACACCUCUCUUGCUGUCUGGAGUUGAACGGUGGCGACUUCCAAAUUGUUCCGGUGGUAACGUCAACAUCCUGAUUCCACCUGGAUAUACACAGCACCUGUUGUUAUUAUUAUUGAACAGUAUGGAGACUAUUGGGAAAUUCGAGUUCAACAGGAAAGACCUGAUUGGACAUGGUGCAUUUGCCGUGGUGUUCAAAGGGAGACAUAAGGAGAGACAUGACUUGGAAGUAGCUGUGAAAUGUAUUAACAAGAAGAACUUGGCAAAAUCCCAUUCCCUCUUAGGAAAAGAGAUUAAAAUAUUAAAGGAACUGAAACAUGAGAAUAUCGUUGGACUACUUGACUUCCAGGAAAUGGCUGGGUGUGUGUAUCUGGUCAUGGAGUACUGCAAUGGAGGAGAUUUGGCAGAAUACCUCCACUCUAAGGCUACUCUGAGUGAGGACACCAUCCGGAUCUUCCUCCUGCAGAUAGCUGGGGCCAUGAAGUUGCUGAAAGAACAGGGUGUCCUCCACAGAGACCUCAAACCUCAGAACAUCCUCCUCUGUCACCCUGAGGGACGCAGGUCCAGCCCCAAUAACACCUGCAUCAAGAUAGCUGAUUUUGGCUUUGCACGUCACCUCCAGUGUAACACUAUGGCAGCCACUCUGUGUGGCUCCCCAAUGUAUAUGGCCCCGGAGGUGAUCAUGUCCCAGAACUAUGAUGCCAAGGCCGAUCUGUGGAGCAUAGGAACCAUAGUGUACCAGUGUUUAACUGGGAAAGCUCCGUUUCAGGCCAGUAGCCCCCAGGAGCUGCGUCUCUUCUAUGAGAGAAACAGGGACCUCCAGCCCAGCAUUCCACGGGAGACGUCAGUCCACCUGAGACACCUGCUCCUGGGCCUGCUGCAAAGGAACCAUAAGGAGCGCAUGGACUUCGAUGAGUUUUUCCAUCACCCUUUCCUGGAGUCAAGUUCAUCCACAAAGAAAUCCUCUCCGGUGCCCAUGCCCUCCUACCCCAGCUCUGGGUCUGCCAGCUCCUCUAGCAGCUCCUCCACCUUUCACCUGGCCUCCUCCCCUCAACAUUCCGAUGCAGUGCUGCAGAGACUCCAGCCCAAGGCCGAGCCCACCCCUUCCCGGUACACAGCCCUCCACUACAGCAGGAACACCUCCUCUGAGACGGACGACUUUGUCAUGGUGCCUGCCCAGUUCCCCAGUGAGAUCACAUGUGACAUGGGAGAUGGGUCACCUGUCCAGGGCAGCAUGUUGUACAGUGGGAGCUCUCUGCUGGCUGCUGGGGUACUUGGGAGUCUAGGCAGGACACCACCCCCCUCUUCACCCCUCUGUCCCCCUAAUCCUGUUAGCAGGCCUGCAGAGUUCAAUGGGAGUAACUACAGCCAGUCUGUGCCCAUUCCUGUCCCAACACAGAUCCACAACUACCAGCGCAUAGAACAAAACCUACACCCCGCUGGCCUGCAUGGCUCAACCAGGGCCACCCUGUGCUGUGUUGAUAGUAGUAGUGGCAGUUCCCCAGGGAGUAGGAAGACUGGAGCCUCCCUUCUUCUCCCAUCAGGCCCCGGGGGGGCAGUGCUCAGCCACCGCAGGCUGUCAGCUGGAGGGGCCAGACCCUACCAGCCCUCUCCACAAGUGGGCACUAUCCCAGAGACCCCAGAGCAGACUGGUCGCUUCAGGACCUGGACAGGACAACAGAGCCCUCAGGCCACGCCUCCACAUGAAUUCCCCCGGCCCACCAGCUUUGAGGAUUUGCCCAUCAUUCCCACCCGAACACGGACAGUAUCAGACCUGAGCCACAUCAGCAGGGCCACAGGGAAGAGGAAGGGCCCCUUCAAAAGGUCUCUGAGUGCAGGCCGUCUGUCUGACAUGCUGCUGAAGGCUGCUUUUGGAGCUCAGCUGCUGGAUGGAGGAAGUAAUGAGAGCCUUUACACUGAGAGGUCCAUGGACACCACAGCUCCAACUAGUGGUGCUCUGAGGGUUGCAGGAACCUUAGCCUCAGGCAGUCCCACCUCAGUCGUGUUCACUGGCGGAUCUCCAUCCAGAGGAAACGCCGGGACCCCACCAAAUCCCACCAGGACGUUCUCAGCAGUGGGUUCCCCCAGCUAUGUCAGCCCAUCCUGGUCAAUCAGCAGAGGAACCCAUAGAGAUGUACCUAACUACCAGCAUUUAACACACCCCAUGACAGCCAGCCCAGACAGGGCCAUAGAUUUUGACCCUCCAGAGCUCCCAGAGGAGACACUGAUGGGGCAGUGGCAUACGGAUGGCCUGAGAAACCUGCGCUUCACUCUUGCCUUUGUCCACUGUGUCAUGGAGAUAGCCAGUUCUAAAGACACUGGACUUGAGAGUGAGACCAGUGAGGAUGCUCAUGAUGUGUCCUUCCUGCAGCAAAGCCUGGUGGCUGAUCAGAUCAGUCUUCUAAGUCGGGAGUGGGGCUAUGCAGAGCAGUUGGUGCUGUACAUGAAGGCUGCAGAAUGUCUUUCGUCUGCAUUACACACUGCUAUGGAGGACAUCAGAGAAGGCAGACUCUUCCCCUCCUCUACAGUCAAGCAAGUGAUGAAGAAGAUGAAUGAGCUGUAUAAGAGCAGUGUGACGUCCUGUCGGUCCCUCAACGUCCGCCUGCAGAGCUUCCUCCUCAACAAGCAGAGACUGAUGGACCACAUGAGCAAAAUCACUGCAGAGAAACUCAUCUACAGUCACACCGUGACCAUGGUGCAGUCAGCAGCCCUAGAUGAGAUGUUCCACCGUGGCCAGGCGCCCAUCCAGAGAUACCAUAAAGCCCUUCUGCUCAUGGAGGGCCUGUCCCUUACCAUCACAGAGCAGGCAGACAUCGACAACAUAAAUAAAUGUAAACAGUGUAUUGAGAGACGCCUCCUCUCUGCUCUGCAGACUGCACAGUGUGAUUUAGCUUAAGGCUUUUGGACUAUAGCUACAAUAUUAGCUGAACCUCUGAGCUUGGUUAGAGCACCUCCAGACCUCUGAUGUCCCUCUGUCCUAUUUGAAGAUGGAGCUCCUUGGACUGUUGACACACAUAAGCACUUUGAACUGAACAUGCUCAGUAACAAGACCACUGAUAUGGCUGCUCUCAACCCACAGCCUAGCACUAAACAUUUUUAGUACCAGAAGAGAGGAGAAGAAGAGUGGGGUUGGUUCUGUCGACUCCACUCUGAGAGCAGUGUGUGUUGUGGUUGUGUUUCAUGCUACAGUAUGUUAUGCCAGGCCAGUAGUAUGUUACUGUUAAUCUACUGGAUUUAUCAGGCCUCACUGGACAAAGUUAUUAUUUUAAUCUCAAAUUAGCUGAUUUUACUUGAAAUAGUUGUUUGAGAGUAAUAGAUGUUUGAGAGUGUAAUUUAAUGUACAGCAGGUGGCACUCAAUAAUAGAAGGGAAUUCGGUAAAGAUCUUUGGUACCAGCUGGUGUUAUAUUUAAAGAUGCACUAUGCAGAAAUCGCUCCACCAUUUCAGUUUAUGUGAUAAAACAAGCAGUAUAGUGUAGAGAAUCAUUGUACCAUAUAAACCGCUGUGAA